AUGGGGAGGAACUCUCUCGAGUAUGAAUAUGGUGGAUAUCUAGCCGAUCACAUCAUCAAAGGCUUUCCGGAAAUCACCGUCAGUCACUGCACGAAAUUUGUACUCUUGACGGUCCUUCACAUCCACAGGGCGGGUUUGAAACAAAAAGUAGCGGAGCUUUUAUCGUUGCUCAAAUUCCCCAUGAUGCCUAAACUUAAGAAGUUGGUCAUCGUUGAAACUUUACGUGGUGUGGACUCGAGUCUUCUUGGCGUAGCUAAUCUUAUCAGUGCAUCUCCCAUCCUGCAAGAGUUUGAGUUAAAGCAAAGCUGGGCUAAAGUUGAAAGGUCAAACAACGAGAUUCAGAAGGGAUUGAAGCACUUCCCACUGCACCAGCAUCUGAAUGUUUUUCGUUUUUUAGGUUAUUACGCUUGCCCGAGUGACGUUGAAUUAGUGAACUACUUGUUGGAGAACUGUGUCGCGCUUAAGGAAAUCAUUGUUGAUACCCAAACUCACCGACGUGUGGCCUACGGUCCACUUGAUUCUAAACAAUUAGAAUUGGCUGAAAGAGCGAAGGGUUACGCCAAACAGCAGCUGGAGCCACUAGUACCUAACCACAUUAGGUUAUUUAUAUGCUAA